ACGAGGCAGCUUUAUUUCUGGCAUUUCAAAAUGGCCGACAAUAUAUCCUGCAAGUGAGGAAAAGAUUCAAAGCGUUUCGGCGUCAUGAAGCUUUCUCCAAGAAUUAUCCCUGGUGGCCUUAGUGCAAUAAAUAAAGCUGCUUGUGACUGGUUAUACAGACGUUCCACCAUUACACUUCAGCUAUAGUUAAGGUGAGAUGGGCUCAUGAUAAUAAUAACCAUGACCUUAAUACACCAUACAAUAUGAAACUGGCUGCUGCCGAUCAAGCAGGGCAUGUCAUGGUAUGGGAUGUAGGUAAUGGAAAGUUGCUGCAAGAGUUCUCAGAACCAGGAAAGCCUGUCCACGAAAUGCAUUGGCUUAAAAACAUUGACGCUCCAAACAGCCUACUUCUGGUCCUUCAUGCUCCUGGACAGCUUGUGCUCUUUAAUACAGAGACUAACGUACGAUUAUGGAGAAAGGCCUUCAGUGAGCCUCUUGUCUCUUUUGCACUUGAUCCCUUUGACCCCCAAAGCAUGGCUCUAAUGUCACAAGAGUGGAUCAUGUUCCUCCACGACCUGAACACAACUACAGCACCAUCAGAUAAGGGCAAGAAAUUUUACAUGACGUCAAAUACAAGUAGUCUGCAAGCCGGUGGUGUGGGAGCCCAAGGGGCAGUAAACACACCAAUGAAAACUGGCACUUCAAAGUCUGCAUUCGCAAAAAUGAGGUCGUGGGCAGGAGACAUCAGAGGAAGAAAUGGAGAUGAAAGCCUGUCAUCAUCUGAGUGCCUUCAAAUCGCUUAUAGCCCCACAAAUAAAGGCCAGUUCCUCCUUCUUUUCACACGCGAAAUCCUGUUUCUGGAUUUAGAGUUUGGGCAGGCGAUUGGCUCAUUUGCUGUUGAAAACAACAGUCCGUCAUUUCUUCAGAUCAUUCCCUGCUGGCACCGCGAUGCCUUUUUCUGCCUCUUUGAGAAUGGCAGCAUAACUCUAAAGCUGCGUCGUUCACCUGCUGCAGUACCAUAUCAGCACGACGAGAAACAUGCUCCAAGCAAACUUGCACCUGAUAUAUUCUACGACGCAAAAUGCCACUCUGAUGUCUUCAGACUGAGCAGGCUUUGCCGCAUUAUGGGCUUUUCUGUCAAUCCUGCAAAUGAGAAAGAAAUCACGCUCGUUUUAAGCGACGGUCGUGUGUUGCUUUGGGAGCUUACCUGUGAGCCGGCUGUGAAAACAAUCGACUCACCAACAACUGAUAGCGCUUUGACUUUAAGCGAAAUGCUUCCUCCUUUAGUCGAAUUCACAGGUACCUCGGUUCCAAGAAGUCUGCCUAAAAUGAAAUUUUUGUUGACUGGAAUGUUUGAAGGAGUUGCUUCGAAUCCAGUGUGCAUUAAGAUGUGCCCAGCUUUGACUACAAAAAACUGGGCCUUUUACAAGCCAUUGGCUGCUGUUGGGUGUUCGAACGGACUUGUUCAGAUCUUCAAUGUUACUGAUGGUUCUCUGUUCCGAGAGGUUGCUGUGCAUGCUACCGCUGUAAAGGGUUUAGAGUGGUUCAACUUAUCAACCUUGCUUACAUUUGCUCACAGCAGUAGUGGUGUGGCCAAAAGUGAGAUACAAAUGAUCGAUAUCAGAACAGGCCAAACAAGCGUGCUGCCAAACAGCAGAGGUUUGCAAGAAUCCCAUGUCGCCUGCAUCAGGGUUUCGCAUCAAAGGCAGUACUUCUUGGUUCUCUUCACGAAUCAUCACGCGGAAUUAUGGGAUGCCGUGGCCAUGAGCCAACUAAGAGAAUUUCCUGGCAAUUUCCCAUCAAUCACUGCUUUGGAAUGGUCGCCGUCGCACUACAGCACAAAACUUAGAAAGAAACAUGCCCCAAAGGCUGAGGCAGUACCCGAUGCACCCGGAUCUGGUGGAGCUGUGCUGGAGAAUUCAAGUCAAACUGAACAGAAAACUUCAUACACAAAGGAGCACCUUGUUUUCACAAAUGCUGAUGGUAUUGUAUAUCAUUACGUCAUCGAAGGAACUUCGAUGAAAGAUGGAUCGCGGGUACCCCCUGAGAGUGGAAUGAGUGCUGUCACUUUCAUUGCUUGGAAAACAGAUCUUCUUGUUUUGGGUGACGUCGAUGGGAAUUUAAAUCUUUGGGACUUGAAGGGGAAGCUUUCCAGAGUCUUUCCAAGUCAUCGUGGUGGGGUCAAGAGGAUGAAGUUUGCCCCUGGCAAAGGAAACAUGAAGCUUAUGGUUCUGUUUGCUGAUGGCAUAGACAUAUGGGAAGCAAUGGAGGCAACUAUUUUAUUGAGUCUGAAGACGACAAAAGAUCAGCCUAGCGUGGUUGAUGCUGAUUGGCUAUCAUCUGACAUGCCAUUGUUGCUAUUGUCUGACGGAUCCGUCAGGGCCUUGGACUCAACUCUACGAACGUCAAAUUCGACCAUAGCUGAAAAAGAUCUUGAAGAACAGAUAUUCCUGCCGAGAAUUCUCCCAGCGAAACCACAGAUGAUCUACAAAAGUCUUCUGCAACACCAGACGUGGAAUUCUAAUUACAGCUUGGAAUUUAAUGAAAUCCAGGAAAAUGAGAUCAUGGAAUUUUUGAAGCCUGUUAUUCAGAACUUAUCGUGCGAUUUCUCGAAACGGCUCUUAGCUGCAAAGUACGGUGUUGCAGAAAGAUGUCGCAUCGUUGCACAAAUCCUUGGCGAUGAACCAGAUUUUAUUUUUUGGACGGUGGCUUUUCACUACCUUAGGAAGGAAAGUGGCAAGAGGAAUUGCCCAUUACAUAAGGACAUUGAUGUUCUAAACCAAAGAAGAUCUUCCUACAAGGACAUUCUGUAUGCAGAUGGAACACAGGGAAUUAUGCGAACGGACUCGCAUCCCGCGGUUUCAUUACUCGAUAUCUCGGAUGAUGAGAGUCCACCGGGAAACUUAAGAUCCCCAAACAAAUGCACUUGCUAUUUCGGAAAACUCGAUUCUUGUUUUGAAAUACUCUGUGAUAACGACUUUUAUCAGAAUUUGCAACUCUAUCGAAUAGCAUUGAGGGACAGCAAAAGAUCAACACCAGAGCAAAGCCGAGUUUGCGCGGGAAAGCUCAUAUUGGUUGGCGAGACUGACAGAGCUGUUCAGAUUUUACUAGAAGCUGAUCCGAGCGACACGAGCUAUUAUUCAGACGCUCUCAGGGCUUGUUUGAUAGCAACCGUCAGGUCAUCAGGUGCAUCGCAAAGCACAAUCAAACUAGUUGCUACUAAUUUGAUAGCCAAUGGCAAACUUGCAGAGGGAGUUGAGCUUUUAUGUUUAGUAGAUAAGGGCGUCGAGGCAUGCCGUUACUUGCAGACGUAUGGGGACUGGGAAUUAGCCACAUGGCUAGCAAAGGUAAGUUUGUCGCAGCAAGACUUCGCCAAUGUCAUGCAACGUUGGGUGGACCAUUUGGCAUCGCAGCAUAUGAAUCUAAAGAAUAAAGCAGUUUUGGUUUUGCUAUCUCUUGGUGAUUUUCCAAAGGCUUUAGAGAUUAUGUACAGCCUUGGCCAAAUCAGUCGAGCUGUGUUAUUCCUGGAAGCUUGCAUUGAAUUUAGUCUUCUUUCACUCAGCGAAGAAAUGCAUCGUAAUUUGUAUGAGAACAUUUUCUUAGAGUAUGCUCGCUUGAUGCAUAAACUCGGGCUUAACAAAGCAGUUGGGUAUUAUUGCAGUAAGGCUGGUGGUAGAGGGAGAAAGCUCCUGGAAGAUCUCAGCGUUGGAACAAGCCCAGUUGUUGAAAAUAAAACUGACCUACACGAAAGCACGAAAAUUGAAAAGGAUGCUGAUAGUACAGAGAAGGACCUGGGAAUUGCAAAACCUGACUCUGGAAGCCAAGAAAAUGAUAUAACCGAUACAAGGCAAGAUUUGGAUGCUCAAAAGUAAGAGUUUUUGAUGUUUAUUUUAGGUGCGUGAAGAAAGAAUGAUUUGUGGGUUUACGUUUUGCGAUUAUUCAUAGUAGGGAUCUGAUUUGUCAAGAGCUGGGACAAAAUUCUUAAUGAAAAUGACUUAAAAUAGUCAAAAGAAACGCUGAAAUGUUAGAUUAAGUAACCAGGCCAGUCCUUGGAAUGCUCUCUUCUUGAUAAUAGUAGAUAAUAUAACGAAACUUGAAUUGAAGUUUUCCUGGUUUUGGGGUUGCAGUCUUUAUCGAAGAAGUUUAGACAGAUGCUUAUCCACAUGGCUGCUUCGUUGCGUCUGUAUUACAACCUCUCAAGAAACCAACCAACCUUUCCCUCCCACCUCCCCCCUCCCCUCACCCUCCCCCUCCCCCUGAAAAGUGAAAUUUAGGGAAUAUGCAUUUAAAAAGUGUUGAUAUAGACCUCAACACUGCUUAUGAUUGUGAAUAUCGUACUUCUUGGUUUUGAUAACACCAGAUUUAGUAACGGAUUUGUUCCCAAGAAAAUGGUUCUUUGAAAAUGUCCCAUAGCAGGACCCUUAUUAUAAAAUUGCCACUCCUCAGACGGUGUUAGGGAUAUCGGAUUAAGUUUGGACACGGACAGAGAACUAGCUCAAUACUAUCAAGAAAGCCCUCCCGUACAGUAAAAUAUACUUUAAUACAACACUUAUUCAAAUUCACUAUCUAUAGAUUAUUGGCUUUCAAUGAACGAGCGCAAGAACCUAACUCCUAAUGGAUGUGGUUUUGAAUGAGAAUCUAAGCGUGCUGUUCACUCGUCUUAGCGUUACUCGCUCAUGGUUUAAUUACAUUUGACAAUAUGAACGUAAAGGAUACCCAAUCUCUGUGCUAUUCAAAUUUUUGUUAUAUGUAAACUUGGAACACGAGAUACUUGCCCUCUCACAUGUCUAUUCAAUCUAAAAUGAAUUUUCAUUCCGUUCUUGU